CAUACUUCUGAACUCCCACACCAACAACCAAUAUAUACAAUGGCCGACACCAAAGCAGACGUGCUUAUGAAAGAUACAGAAGAAGAAGUCAAUGCAUCUGUAUUCCAAGAUUUAAUCCAUGAAAUUGAAUCUUCCUUUAGCUUAUUGGGUAAGGCUGCAUCUUCAUUUGACAACCGUUAUAUUUCCAAAGUUUUCAGGGAUUUGGGCCCAUUAAGAAGGAAAUUAGCCAAUAAUGAUAAGGUAUUACCUACUAUUAUAACCAACUUAUAUCCAGCUAACCAUCCUUCAAGGGAAUAUUUGUUGAGAUUUGUUGGAAAUGUUGAAAAGUCUGAAUCUAUGGAUGUUGAAUCUGAAAAUGGCCAAGCUAUUGUUCCUGAAGUUGAAUUAUAUGUUCAUCUUUUAGCUCAAGUGUAUCUCUUGGACAAGGAAAAGUUGUCUGAAUUGAAUGAAUUAAGUGACAUUGUAAUUGGGUUAAUGAAAUCAUUCAAUAGAAGAUCUUUAGAUUUUAUUCAAGCUAAAGUUUGGUUUUAUGUUUGUCGAGUCAAAGAAUUAUUAGGAGAUUUAUAUACAAUUCGCCCUGAGUUAUUAUAUGGAUUAAGAACAGCAACCUUAAGACACGAUAUUGAAACCACUGCAUCGAUAAUUACUCUUUUAUUGAGAAAUUACUUGUUAUGUCAUGAUAUUAAUCAAGCUUCUAACUUGGUUGAAAAAGUUGAAUUCCCAGAAAAUGCCGGUAAUGCACUUGUGGCAAGAUAUUACUAUUACUUAGCAAGAAUCAAUGCUAUACAAUUGGAUUACUCAACUGCCCAUGAAUGUGUUAUUGCUGCUAUAAGAAAGGCUCCUCAAACACAUUUAGCUAAGGGUUUUAUUCAAAGUGCCACUAAAUUAAGUAUUGUGAUUGAAUUGUUAAUGGGUGACAUUCCCGCUUUGAAGGUAUUCAAAGAACAUCAAAAUUUUGAACCUUAUUUUAAUGUUACCAGAGCAGUGAGAUUAGGUGAUUUAAAAUUGUUUGGUGAAGUGUUGAAGAAAUAUGAAACCAACUUCAAAAAUGAUGACAACUUUACUUUAGUUUCAAGAUUACGUCAAAAUGUUAUCAAGACUGGUAUUAGAAUUAUUUCAUUAUCAUAUUCCAAGAUUUCCUUGAAGGACAUUUGUAUUAAGUUGCAUCUAGACUCCGAAGAACUGACUGAAUAUAUUGUUUCCAAGGCAAUCAGAGAUGGUGUUAUUGAAGCUACUAUUAACCAUCAAAAGGGAUACAUGCAAUCUAACGAAUUACUUGACGUUUAUUCGACCAAAUUACCUCAAACUGAAUUUGAUCAAAGAAUUAAGUUUUGUUUAUCAUUACAUAAUGAAAGUGUAAAGGCUAUGAGAUAUCCUAAUGAUAACGACAAGCAAAAUGUUACCAAAGAAGUAGAAGCAAGUGAAGAAAUUGAAUUAUUAAAAGCCAUUGAAGAAGGAGAUUUAGAUGAUUUCAUGGAUUAGUGUUUGUAGUCUUUAGUUUUUAAUAUAGAAUUUUUUUU